AUGCCCACCUACAUCGCAUGGCUCCAGUCAUCUAAUCGGCACCCAUUGCAGAGAUUACGCACUCCAGAUUACGCAGGGACAGGACUCGAUCAACUACAGCGGCUUGUUCUCGAUCGCGGGUGGAAGCGGCACGUCGACAAUCUCAUACUCAAGCAUCGGCACGACAACGGCCGCGACCAAUGCCACCGCCAGCAUGACCAGCACGACGAGCACUGCAAUCGCUUCGUUGGGAACAAGCACUAUGAUUGCAAGCAAUAUGACUUUCAGGUGGGUUCGCCGUCCAACACCUCGCUUCUCAAGACAUUCAAGGACACUGAGUUUUAUCUCGCAAUUAGCUCCGCAACACUGUCGCGCACCACCAGCACGAGCCUGGCUCCCGCUGUGACCCAACAUAUGACCUCGUCUUCCUCUUCCUCUUCUUCCCCCUCCAGCGGUGGAAGCCAACCAAGCUCCAAUUCGGCUGCGCCUACGGCUGCGGCCACGACAAGUGUGCCAGACGCUGGGGCAGCUGGCCAGCUGGGGAGCUCGGCUGCAUUGGUGCUCGGCGUUUUUGCCGCAGUCAUAUUCUUGAGUUGA